GUGAUAUUUUCCUGAUUCCUUUUUCUUAGGAAACAGUAGAUUGGAUACAUGGCUCACACAAAUGAAUCAGUGGUGUUGGAGUUUGUGCUUCUGGGACUCACUAACUCUUGGGAACUUCAGCUUUUCCUUUUUGCCAUCUUCUCCAUCGUGUAUGUGACGUCGGUGCUGGGCAACACCAUGAUUAUUGUCAUCACUGCCUCUGACUCCCGUUUGAACUCUCCUAUGUACUUCCUGCUCAGUAAUCUGUCUUUCAUUGAUAUCUGCCAGUCUAACUUUGCCACCCCUAAGAUGCUUGUGGACUUUCUUGUCGAGCACAAAACUAUCUCCUUUGAGGGCUGCAUGGCCCAGAUAUUCCUUCUUCAUAGUUUUGUUGGGAGUGAGAUGAUGUUGCUUGUAGCUAUGGCAUAUGACAGAUGUAUUGCCAUCUGUAAGCCCCUACACUAUAGCACCAUUAUGAGUCGCAGACUAUGCAUCAUUUUUGUGUUUAUCUCCUGGGCUGUGGGUAUUCUUCAUUCGGUGAGCCACUUGGCUUUUACAGUGGAUCUGCCCUUCUGUGGCCCCAAUGAGGUAGACAGCUUCUUUUGUGACCUCCCCCUGGUGAUAGAGCUGGCUUGCAUGGAUACUUACAGAAUGGAAAUUUUGACCCUAACUAACAGUGGCCUGAUAUCCCUGGGCUGUUUCCUGGCUUUAAUUAUUUCCUACACUGUCGUUUUGAUCUCCGUCCACCGCCGGUCCUCCAGUGGGUCAUCCAAGGCACUUUCUACAUUGACUGCCCACAUCACAGUGGUGAGUCUUUUCUUUGGGCCUUGCAUUUACUUCUACAUAUGGCCUUUUAGCAGACUUUCUGUGGAUAAGUUUCUUUCUGUGUUCUACACUGUUUGUACACCCCUGUUAAACCCCAUCAUCUACUCUCUGAGGAAUGAAGAUGUUCAAUCAGCUAUGCACAAGUGGAGAAACCGUCAUGUGAACUCCUGGAAAUACUAAGGAUCACCAUGAAGGAACAUAAACUUAAAUGGAAAUGAAGAG